CACUUCCGCUUCCGGUGCGGCGGAAGCGGCGGCGGAGCUGCGCAGGGAACGGCAGCGGUGGGUGCGCAACCAUGAUCGAAGUCGUUUGCAACGACCGCUUGGGCAAGAAGGUGCGGGUGAAAUGCAACACCGAGGACUCCAUCCGCGACCUGAAGAAGCUCAUCGCGGCGCAGACGGGGACCCGCUGGGACAAGAUCGUGCUCAAGAAGUGGUACACCAUCUUCAAGGACCACGUCACGCUCGGGGACUAUGAGAUCCACGACGGCAUGAACCUGGAGCUGUACUACCAGUAGCCGGGCCACCAGCGGCCUCCUCGGCCCUUCCCAGUGCUCCCAGUUCCCCCCCACCAGUGGAACCAGUGUCCCCCCAUGGGAUCCCCCGUUCCUUUCCCCCGGCACGGCUGGGCUCCGGCCCCACCGAGGCUCUAAACGUCCCCACGGGUGGUUUUUUUUUCUUGUUUCUAAUAAACUCCUCCCUCCA